UCCCUUUAAAUCUGCUCCCGGGACCACCUAGAGUCGCUCCGCUUUUCUGUCGGUUGGCAAUAAGUCGCCGAGGGUCACUGUUCGCGUCAGCGCGCCGCGAUCAGUCUCGCCGUUCCGCUUUCCUGCCCGAUCUUCCGCUUUUUCUCAGUUUUUCUCGUUCUCCAGCCAUGCAUCUGCUGUGUUUCUUUGUCCUGCUGCUCUGGAUCGGUCCGGCGCGCGGUUAUUUCCCGGAGGAGCGCUGGAGCCCGGAGUCCGCGUUGCUCGCGCCGCGGGUGCUGCUCGCGCUGGUCUGCCGCAACUCGGCGCACUCUCUGCCGCACGUCCUCGGAUCCAUCGACCGCCUCAACUUCCCCAAAGACCGCAUGGCUGUAUGGGUGGCCACAGAUCAUAAUUCAGACAACACCACAGCGAUCCUGCGCGAAUGGCUCGUAAACGUCCAGAACUUCUAUCAUUAUGUGGAGUGGAGACCUCAGGAGGAGCCCAGCGUCUAUGAGGACGAGAGCGGCCCGAAGCACUGGACGAACCUGCGAUACGAGCACCUGAUGAAGCUGCGUCAGGCGGCCCUCGACACGGCGCGGGAGAUGUGGGCCGACUACUUUCUGAUGGUGGACUGUGAUAACCUGCUGACUAACCGGGAUGUUUUAUGGAAGCUGAUGCAGGAGAAUAAGACGAUCGCGGCGCCGAUGCUGGAGUCCAGAGCGGCGUACUCAAACUUCUGGUGCGGCAUGACGUCUCAGGGUUAUUAUAAGCGGACGCCGGCCUACAUGCCGAUCCGCAGGCAGGAGCGCCAGGGCUGCUUCGCCGUGCCCAUGGUUCACUCCACCUUCCUGCUGGACCUGAGGAAGGAGGCGUCCCGCGAGCUGGCCUUCUUCCCGCCGCAUCCCGACUACAGCUGGGCCUUCGACGACAUCAUCAUCUUCGCCUUCUCCGCGCGCAUGGCAGAGGUUCAGAUGUACAUCUGCAACAGAGAGACUUAUGGGUAUUUCCCCGUGCCCCUGCGCUCCCAUAAUACCCUGCAGGACGAGGCGGACAGUUUCCUGCACUCGCUGCUGGAGGUUAUGGUGCGCAAUCCUCCAUCAGAGCCAUCUCUGUAUCUCUCUCUUCCUCCGAAACAGCCGGAUAAAAUGGGCUUCGAUGAGGUGUUUAUGAUAAACCUGCUGAAGCGUUCGGACCGCAGAGAGCGCAUGCUGAGGACUCUGUACGAACAAGAGAUCGCGUGCAAGAUCACCGCAGCUGUAGAUGGCAAGUACGUCUCAAACACACACAAACGCCGUCUCUCACCUGUUACGCUCGCACACAGACCGUCUGACACGAGUGUGUUUGUGUGUGUGUGUUCGCACUCCAACAUCUGGAGAGAGAUUGUGGAUCGAGGGCUGAAGGCGUCUCUGGUGAUCGAGGACGACCUGCGCUUUGAGGUUUUCUUUAAGCGGCGCCUGCAGAAUCUGAUGCAUGAGAUCGAGUCUCAGCGGCUGGACUGGGACUUGAUAUAUAUCGGCCGCAAGCGCAUGCAGGUGGACCGGCCGGAGAAAUCUGUGCCCAGAAUACACAACCUGGUGGAGGCGGAUUACUCGUACUGGACGCUGGGAUACACCAUCUCGCUGCGCGGCGCUCAGAAGCUGCUGCGGGCCGAACCGCUCCGAAACAUGCUGCCGGUGGACGAGUUUCUGCCCGUCAUGUACAACAAACACCCCAUCGAGGACUACAUGUCUCACUUCGAGCGGCGGGACCUGCGAGCGUUUUCGGCCGAGCCACUGCUGGUUUACCCCACGCACUACACGGGCGACGUGGGCUACAUCAGCGACACGGAGACCUCCAGCGUCUGGGACAACGAGACGGUCCGCACCGACUGGGACCGAGCGCGAUCACGCAAGAGCCGCGAGCAGGAGGAGCUGAGCAGCGAGGCGCAGAACUCAGACGUGCUGCAGUCUCCGCUGGACAGCACGGCCCGCGACGAGCUCUGAAGCACUCGGAGAAACUGCACAGACACGCCAUCGAGGAGAAGUGCGGCGUUUCAUCAGCCAUCAGCCAUCAGAUUCACUUUACCAUGUACUUCAGAUGAGAUGAACACCUCUGAUGUUCCUGAAAUGCUUGACUGGAUGCAGGAACAGUAAAUAUGACGCUAGUUACAGUUCAGGUCAAAGGUUUACAUCCCCUUGCAGAAUCUGCAAAAUGUUAAUUAUUUCACCAAAAUAAGAGAGAUCAUACAAAAUGC